GUAUAGAGCUUCAGAAUUAUAAAUAAACCUGCAGUGGGAUUUCACAGCUAUCCAAAUUCCGAACCAAUUUCAAUUGUUUCCAAUAAUAUUACCCGGAACGUUACACAACGACAAGUCGUGUAAUAUAGUUCAAAUUUACGAUCGCUGUAGAUCGUGAACCGCCGCUUUGAUUCGGAUUCUAAGGCUUUUUUUUUUUUUUAUACGGAAUCGCUGACUGUGGGGGGAGCCGCAGCCAUUUCUUUCUACUUUCGAGAUUUUUGAGCGGAUUGAAGAGAAGAGGAUAUGGGAGGUUGUUUCUCUGAUGUUAAAGGAGGACAGGCGGCGGUAGGAGGAGGGCAACAGAGCGCCGGUAACUCGGUGACGGAGAGCAGUGGAGGUGGGCAGAACGACGCCGUUGAUUUCUACUUCCGAUCCCAUGGUCUUGAGGGUUUAUUCACCCAAGUUGAGCUUUCUCUGUCAGCAUCAAAAUUACUUGAUCGUGAUAUUACCUCAAAGAGCGAUCCAAUGGUGGUUGUGUACAUAAAAAAGAAUGGAGUACUCCAAGAGAUAGGUAGGACUGAAGUUAUUUUGAAUAACCUAAACCCACAGUGGAUACAGAAAGUAUCAGUUGCAUUCCAUUUUGAGACUGUGCAGCCAUUGAUAUUUCGUGUAUAUGACAUUGAUACCAAAUACUGCAAUGUUCCUGUGAAGACAAUUAAAUUGAAUGACCAAGAUUUUCUAGGAGAAGCUAGUUGUGUUCUUUCAGAGAUAAUAACCAAACAGAGUCGUAGUUUAACUCUGUGUCUGAAAGAUAGGGAUGGAGGUUCAAGAAACUUGGGUGGGUCUCUCACUGUUCGAGCAGAGGAAACAAUUGCUUCAAGAAGUAUCGUCGAAAUAGUACUCCGUUGCUCUCAUCUUGACAAUAAAGAUGUGUUUUCUAAAAGCGAUCCUUUCUUGAGAAUAUCUAGAGUUGUUGAAACUGGAGGCUCAAUUCCAAUCUGUAAAACGGAAGUGGUUAAAGAUAAUCUUAAUCCUGUUUGGAGAACUUUAUGCUUGAGCAUGCAGAAGUUUGGUGACAAGGAUAACCCAUUGGUCAUUGAGUGCUUUGAUUUCAAUAGCAAUGGCAGUCAUGAAUUAAUUGGUAAGCUCCAGAAAUCAAUGGGUGAUCUUGAAAAGCUUUACAGAGAAAAAAGUGGUGCAAAUUUUGUUAUUCCAUCUUCUCAUGGUGGCUAUGAGAAGGUUCUGAAAGGUCAGCUGUUUGUAGAUCACUUUGUUGAGAAAACACAAUUCAGCUUUAUUGAUUACAUUUCCAGUGGAUUUCAGCUUAAUUUUAUGGUCGCUGUUGAUUUUACAGCUUCUAACGGAAAUCCCUACAGUCCAGAGUCAUUGCAUUACAUUGACCGUAGUGGACGUUUGAAUAGUUACCAGCAGGCCAUAAUGGAAGUAGGGGAGGUAAUUCAAUUCUACGACACUGAUCGUCGGUUUCCAGCUUGGGGCUUUGGCGCAAGAACACGGGAUGGCAACAUUUCACAUUGUUUCAACUUGAGUACCAAUCCAACUGAACCUGAGGUGGAAGGAGUGGAAGGUAUAAUGAGAGCAUAUGCAAAUGCUCUUCGCAAUGUUUCAUUGGCUGGACCUACUUUAUUUGGUCAAGUGAUCAAUAAGGCUGCAGAAAUUGCUGCCCACUCUCUAUUUGCCAACAUAAAUAAGUAUUUUGUCCUGCUGAUUAUUACGGAUGGAGUCUUAACUGACCUUCAAGAAACAAUGGAAGCUUUGGUUAGGGCAUCUGAUCUUCCAUUGUCAAUUCUUAUAGUAGGAGUUGGAGGGGCAGAUUUUAAACAAAUGGAGGUUCUUGAUGCGGAUAACGGACACCGAUUGGAGAGUUGUACAGGUCGUGUGGCGACAAGGGACAUUGUACAAUUUGUUUCGAUGCGAGAAGUACAUAGAGGAGCGAUAUCUUUAGUUGGAGCACUUUUGGAGGAGUUGCCUGAACAGUUCUUGAGUUACAUGCGCAAUAGAGAUAUCAAACCCACCACUACUACUCCUUUGCAUUUAGCCCAACCCUAUGCUUCUUUUGCACCACAAGAUAUAUAAUCAUUUCUACUCAACAAGCUUAAAAAAGAGAAAAAAAAGAAGAAGCUUAUUCCAUUAUUCCUGUGGAAAAUGGAGCAAUAGUUUCAUCCCAAGUGUAAAUAAUCUCUUUCAUGUGCUAAAACAAUUAUUUCUAUCUUUUUUUCGCUACAAAGUGGUUAGAAUCAAUUACCCUAAAUUACUUAUCAAGAUCUCUAUACAAUAAGACUUGUACUUUGUAAAUAAGUCAUUCAAUAUAUAAGAUGUUUGCAAAAAUAGCAAAAAAUUUAAUGAUAA